GUCUUUUCUGCACGUCAUCCUUUUCAGGCUCGACCUGUGGGUCCAACAGCGGCAGCCUCAGCACUUGUCUUUGGGCGUGCUUCGGCAAAUUCUCCAUCUACGUGGACUACGAAGACCUGCGCGGGCUCAUCGAAGGCUUUGGCAGCGUAAGUGGGGCCCUCGACCGCGCUGUGCUGUUGCUCCUGCCACUGUUUUGGCCGAGCGUGUUGCAUCUUACAAACGGUGUUGUUGUUGUUUUCUCCCUGGCAGUUUGAGGCACUGGACCUAAUGAGCGCCUCACAAGUUGCUCAGCUGACACUAAACUCGGGCGCGCUGAACAACGCGGAUCUGAUCGGCCUGGUCUUUGACCGCCUGGACGCCGGCAAUGCUUUCCGGGAUGUUGACGAGUUCCUGGCAGCUCUGACCCGGACACCGCAGGUACGUUCUGAUCACUGAGAUGACAAGCACGCGCAGGCGCUACUUUCUGUGGGGCGAAGUAGGAUCUUAGUGGCGUUUGUGAUGCGGUUUUUGUUUUGUUUUGUUUCGUUUUGUGAUUUUUAACGGUGGUUUUGAUGCUCUCUGCCCGUUUCCCUUAGGCUGUGGACAUCAGUCCUGUGGUGAGGGACAUCAUGAUGAAUCAGGUCUUCGCCGUCAUCAGCCCUCAUUUGGAAGACUUCGGGAGCCAAGAGUGGGUUUCCUGGUUCACCGUCAAACUGACUCCCCUCCUGCCCAGCCUGACUCCAGAGAUGCUCCAGACGGUAACAUCGAAGGCGGACUGCGACGCGUACCACGUCAUCGUCGGGGCCCUGAGCAGCGUCUUCGAGCAGCUGACCUCGCAGAGACAACGGGAGCUCGCCCCAGUCUUGUUGGCCUACCUGAAGCAGAGCAAGGCAUCGGGCUCGACCUGUGGCUCCAACAGCAGCAGCCUCAGCACGUGUCUUUGGCAAUGCUUUGGCAGAUUCUCCAUCUACGUGGAUUACGAAGACCUGCGCGGGCUCUUCGAAGGCUUUGGCAGCUUUGAGGCACUGGACCUUCUGAGCGCCUCCCAACUCGCUCAGCUGACACUAAGCUCCGGCGCGCUGAACAACGCGGACCUGAUCGGCCUGGUCUUCGACCGUCUGGACGGCGACAACGCUUUCCAGGACGUCGACGGAUUCUUGGCAGCUCUCACCCGGACACCGCAGGCUUUGGACAUCAAUCCUGUGGUGCGGGACAUCAUGAUGAAUCGGGUCUUCGCCGUCAUCAGCCCACAUUUGGAAGGCUUUGGGAGCCAAGAGUGGGUGUCCUGGUUCACCGUCAAACUGAUUCCCCUCCUGCCCAGCCUGACGCCAGAAAUGCUCCAGACAGUAACGUCGAACGCGGACUGCGACGCAUACCACGUCAUCGUCGGGGCCCUGAGCAGCGUCUUCGAGCAGCUGACCUCGCUGAGACAGCGGCAGCUCACCCCAGUCUUGUUGGCCUACCUGAAGCAGAGCCAGGCAUCGGGCUCGACCUGUGGGUCCAACAGCGGCAGCCUCAGCACUUGUCUUUGGGCGUGCUUCGGCAAAUUCUCCAUCUACGUGGACUACGAAGACCUGCGCGGGCUCAUCGAAGGCUUUGGCAGCGUAAGUGGGGCCCUCGACCGCGCUGUGCUGUUGCUCCUGCCACUGUUUUGGCCGAGCGUGUUGCAUCUUACAAACGGUGUUGUUGUUGUUUUCUCCCUGGCAGUUUGA